GCGGCAAACGCUCUCCGCGACGAAGUCCUGCAAAAUCCUGCGUGAUGCGAUCGGGAGGGUCCCCGUGCGGGACCGAUGCGCUCGACAGCGCGUCGUCAUCAAGGGGAGGGGGAGGCAAGGGAAGCGGAUGGGGGAAGGCCUUGGCACGUGGUCAUCCGCGCGGCGUCGCCAUCUCGGUUUCGGCUUCCCGAUCCCGAUCCGGAUCCGGCGUCCCCACGUGGUCAUCCGGAUCCGGACCCGACGUCGCCACGUGGUCAUCCGCGCUGCGUCGCCAUCCCGAUCCGGAUCUGGAUCUGGCGUUGCCACGUGGUCAUCCACGCGACGAUCCCGAUCCGGAUCCGGAUCCGGAUUCGGCGUCGCCACGUGGUCAUCCGCGCGGCGUCCCCAUCUCGGUUUCGGCUUCCCGAUCCCGAUCCCGAUCCAGAUCCCGAUUGCCACGUGGACCUGCCACGUGGCAGCGCCUACCUCCGCCGAUAUCGACAGCGCCGCUUCGGUGGUCAUCAUGGCCCUGCCACGUCCCGUUCUGGGAUUGCACUGACCGUCGCGUCUAGUGGCAUAGCGGCGACUCUUUUAACGGGGGGUCGAACGUUUCACUUCCGAUUUCACGCACCUUUGAAACCUGAUAACACGCGUCCUUUCUUGAUUGCGAAACAAAGUGAUCUUGCGGAACUUAUCCGCCGUGCCGACUUGAUUGUUUGGGACGAGGCUCCGAUGAGUAACAAGUUUCACUUGGAAGCUCUUGACAUUACGCUUCGGAACCUUUGUAACAAUGACGAGCCGUUUGGCGACUCUCGAAUGCCGCAUAAGUACGACACUCGUGCUAAGAGGAAAGCAAUGACAACCAGCAAUACCACUCAGUAUGAUACGAAUAUUACGUCGAAAGUUGGAGCCGAACAUUCGGAGAAGUCGAAGAAAAGUGGGAAUGAUGAGAUGUCGGUGAAUCUUGGAAGUGAACAUGCUUGGGAUGAUCAUCCUAUUUUGCGUGAGGUUGAACGUGAACGUUCUCAACAGAAUACCCUUGAUGAUGCUGAGAAAAUGGUUGUGGAGGGGGAUGCUCACAAUUGUUGUGUUGAUGGGGAUGGUUCGUAUAGAGGUCAGUCGGGUAGACUUAUUAACCUUACAUUUCACGAUCUCGAGGAUGAUAACGUUACCGAUGAUUCGAAAGGAGACUUGGUUGAAUCUACAUUGGUGAGAAAAAAGAGCCGUCGUGCGAAAACUAAUGUUUUGGAUUCGCCCCGAGUUUCCGAGCCUACGCUCAAUAAUAAUCGGGUGGAACGGCAACCGGUUGCUCAUAAAACGGGAACUCAGAUUUUAAGAGCGAUAAAUCAGCUCCCUGCCGAGGCACUUGCAUCUCUUGAAUUUUGUGCACCGCUCGCUGGACGUGCACGUGUUCUUGAUUCGUGUUCGCAAUUUCAACACAGUGGACGCGAAAGAGAUGUUUGUGUCACAUCUCAACCGCAAAAUCGUGCGGGUGUUAUUGUGGUGUCCGACGAUAAGCAUGAACCCGCAAUCCAUGCUCCGAAUCCGCGUGCUUACCUUGGAAAAUGGUUCGAGGAUGCGAAGAAGGUUGGCAUACAAAAUGUUUUGACCGAGCUGCUUUUUGAAAUGUUUGUCAAAAGUGCCAUAGUCGUAAAAGAUAGACGAAUAUGAGAAAACUUCCUCGAGUGGAAAAGAAACAAACUCACUAACAUGCG